AUGUCGCACCUCUGCAAAGGCCCGAUCUGGUUUGCGGACGAUUUAUCCCUUUGCUUCCAAGAAAGAUACCUGUCUCUGGUCUUUCCGUUGGUCUCUUGCGGCGUGUCGCUACUGGUUAUAAUUGGCCAUCUUGUUUGCAAUGGGGCGUUUUUACGCCGGAAUAAAGGCUACAAGCCGCUGCCCCAUGAGGUAUCUCGAAAUGGCGAGUUUGAGGCAGAAAGCGAGGAAGCGCCGGAAGAGGAUGAUGAUGAAGAAAGCGAUUUGAUGCUCCACAAGGCCAUCAGCAAGACGACAGAAGCAGCGCUGGAAACGGAUACUCCUCGCGGCAGAUGGCUGUGGUUAAUAAUAGAAAUGCUUGCAGUGGCCGCGCAGGUUGGCGUCAAUGCAGGUGCUGUGGCAUCUCUCUCGACGCAUGGCAAACCCACCCUUCCGCCGAUCGCUCGCCUUUCAGCCUGGGUAUAUAUUUUGAUUCUCGUAGCAACGAGGGUUUUUCUCUCCAUACGUGAACGCCCCUCCAGCCUCAAGGUCUGGAAUCAUACAACCACACUCUACGGGCUUCAAUGGCUGUUUAUUAUCUUCAUAUUUCGAUCUAUUCUCAUUCACCCGGACCGGCACCCUGAUAGAUUGUGUGUGGCCGUCGAUUUCGGGCUCUCCUCCUUUCUCUUUUUACUAGCGACCACUACAAGGAAAGGCAACAAAACGGUGCUGGUUCAGCAUGAGGAGGAUUUGGUACCGCCUAAAGAUCAAUUCGCGAGUAUUCUUUCUCUCCUUAGCUUUUCCUGGAUGGAUUCGAUGAUUUGGCAGGGGUACAAUAAAUCCAUGGAAAUGUCAGACGUUUGGAAUUUAAAGCCAAGCUAUCAAGCGGCUGCAGUGAUCAUGAGUUUCCGACGAGCAAAAAGCACGUCGAAGCUAGCAUGGAGAUUAUUUCGCUUCUUUGACCGUACACUCUUGAUUCAAGGAAUCUGGACCAUAUUCGCAGGGUUGUUCACAUUUUUGCCAACAUGGCUACUCAAACUUAUACUUGAGUACGUCGAGGAUCCUGAAGGGACGCCCCGCAACGCCGCUUGGUUCUACGUGAUGCUCAUGUUUGUUUGUGGACUUAUACAAGCUGUCGGCGAUGGCCAAUCGCUGUGGCUGGGACGAGAGCUUAGUGUCAAGUUUCGAGCGAUCAUCAUCGGCGAACUAUAUGCCAAAGCUUUGAGAAGGAAAGCUGGCGCAGCUGUCUCCGGCCUCGCGGACGAGGAAGAAGAAAGCGAGCAGAAGAAAAAAUCAAAAGCUUCCAAGAAGAAAAAUAAGAAAAACACUCAGGAAGACGAGACGGAAACCGACGCGGAUGGGGACUCCGAACUCUCUGCGAACAUUGGUAAAAUUAUCAAUCUCAUGGCUAUCGAUUCGUUCAAAGUCAGCGAGAUCUGUGCCUACCUCCACUAUCUCUGGGCAAGCGUACCGGUCCAGAUCAUCGUCGCGAUUAUAUUACUAUACAAGAUUAUUGGCUUCAGUUCCUUUGCUGGUAUAAUUCUGAUGCUCCUCAUAGCUCCAUUCAAUAUGUUUAUUGCAUCUCAAUUCCGACAUGUGCAAAACAGUAUUCUGGCUGCAACUGACUCCAGAAUUCAUGCCACUAAUGAGGCAUUGCAGAACAUUCGUAUCAUCAAAUACUUUGCGUGGGAGCAACGAUUCGAGGAAAUUAUAAAUGAGAAGAGAAAAGUGGAACUCAAAUAUUUACGCCGACGCUAUGUUCUCUGGUCCGUUGCUGCUACAGUUUGGUACGGGACACCAUUUAUCAUCACCUUUGCCACUUUCUUUAUCUAUACAGUUGUGGAAGGCAAGAAGUUGGUGCCGUCAAUUGCUUUCCCAGCAUUAUCGAUGUUUUCUCUACUCCGAGUUCCUCUGGACCGACUGGCAGACAUGGCCGCCCAUAUACUUGAAUCCAAGGUUUCUAUUGACCGGGUUGAAGAGUUCUUGAAUGAGGAAGAAACGGAGAAAUAUAACCAGUUGCGCAAUUCCAGCUAUGAGGAACCUAAAAUCGCACUUGAGAAAGCGACCCUCACGUGGGGUUCGAAGACCACGGAUAAGUCGCAGAGCAGUGAGGUUCACCGGGAAGCGUUCCGUCUUAUUGAUGUUGAUGUUACGUUUCGACUUGGAAGGCUUAAUGUCAUUGCUGGCCCAACUGGCUCUGGCAAGACCUCCAUGUUGAUGGCAUUGUUAGGUGAAAUGAGACUUGUUGCGGGAGCAGUACAUCUGCCCGGUGGGACAAGUGAUAGAGCUGAUCUACAAAUUGACCCAGCAACUGGUUAUACUGAGAGUGUGGCAUAUUGUGCUCAAGAAGCUUGGCUUGUCAAUGCCACUAUUCAGGACAAUAUUUUGUUCGCAUUGCCCUACGACCAUGGCAGAUAUAACGCCGUGAUUGAGGCGUGUGGUUUAGAAAGAGAUCUUGAAAUUCUUGAUGCUGGAGAUGAAACCCUUGUUGGUGAGAAAGGAAUCAGUCUUUCGGGUGGCCAAAAGCAACGGAUCUCCCUUGCACGGGCUAUAUAUAGUAAUGCCCGGCAUCUCCUCCUCGAUGAUUGCCUUAGCGCUGUGGAUUCUCACACUGCCAAACAUAUAUUCCAACAAGCUCUGAUGGGACCGCUAAUGAUGGGACGUACUUGCAUCCUCGUCACCCACAACGUUUCUCUCGUAAUGCAACGAUGUGAUUACAUGGUGGUUCUUGAUAAUGGCCGAGUUACUGCCCAAGGCUCGCCUCAGGACGUCGCCUCUUCCGGUGCCCUUGGUGCGGAGCUUCAAUCGCGACCCUCAUCGGCAAUUCCUUCCCGAGGAGAUUCACAAAGUGAUUCACCUGCUGAAGAAAUCAACAUUGAGCAACUUGAGGAUGGAAACAAUUCCUCGAGUAAACCAAACAACCAAAAUGCAACAAAUGGCACAGUAAAGAAGCAAAAGAAAAAGUCUGGCUCUGGAGCAAUUACAGAGGAGGAGAAAGUGACUGGCAGCGUCCCAAUGUCAACUAUAGUUAUGUAUCUGCGGGCCAUGGGUCCAUGGUAUUUCUGGACCAUUGCCCUACUAGUCUUUUCACUUCAACAACUCGGAUCCCUUGCCCCCAAUAUCUGGAUUAGGAGUUGGGCAAAUGCUUACCAAAAUACCACCGACAAAGGCAGCGCAGCAGGCUUUACAAACCUUCAUGUUACCAGCCUUAGCAGUGGUAACAUCCCACGGCCAUAUUGGUGGCCUUCGCACAUUAAGAAGCUUAUCAGCAGCUCCUCUGGCGACGAUAAGGUCAACAUCAGCUACUACCUCACUGUCUACGCGCUCUUGGCUUUUGGCUACAUCAUUAUAUCCUUCUUCAGAGAACUAGUGCUCUUCUGGGGUUCUCUACAUGCUUCUUGGAAAAUUCACGGGUGGUUGCUACGUGCAGUUGCUCAUGCGAAGUUUAAGUUCUUCGAUUCGACUCCAUUGGGUCGCAUAAUGAACAGAUUCUCCAAGGAUAUUGAGGCAGUCGACCAAGAAGUUGCCCCCACUGCCAUUGGCAUGCUUCAUUGCAUGGCGUCGGUUCUUAUGAUUGUUAUUUUGAUAUCCAUCAUUACUCCUGGCUUCUUAAUCGCCGGCGCAUUUAUUACAUUAUUAUACUGUGGUCUUGGAGCCCUCUAUCUCAAUUCUUCUCGGGAUUUAAAAAGACUCGAAUCGGUGCAGCGUAGCCCGCUGUACCAACAAUUUGGGGAGACAUUGAAUGGCGUCGUCACUAUCAGAGCUUACGGUGAUGGUGCGCGAUUCAUCCUGGAUAACCAUCGCCUAAUUAACACAUAUAACCGGCCAUAUCUCUAUCUAUGGGCUAGUAAUCGCUGGCUGGCUUUCCGAGUCGAUAUUACUGGUGCCCUGGUGUCAUUCUUUUCUGCUGCUUUUAUUCUUCUCAACGUUGGCCGAAUUGACGCCGGUGCUGCUGGUUUGUCAUUGACGUACGCUGUUACUUUCACUGAAAACAUUCUGUGGUUAGUCCGGCUGUACUCCGAGAAUCAGCAAAACAUGAACUCGGUUGAGCGAAUUGAAGAAUACCUUAAGGUUGAGCAAGAAGCACGUGCUAUCGUUCCUGAGAAUAGACCUCCAGGUAAUUGGCCAAGCCAAGGCGCUGUCAGGUUUGUUGAAUAUUCCACCCGGUACCGCUCUGGCCUCGAUUUAGUCUUGAAGAAGAUUAGCUUUUCAGUUCAACCCGGCGAAAGAGUCGGGAUUGUUGGCAGAACCGGUGCUGGUAAAAGCUCGCUAGCCCUUGCUCUGUUCCGUGGCCUUGAAGCGGAAAAUGGGAAGAUCAUCAUUGACGACGUGGACAUUGGCCUAAUUGGCCUACGAGAUCUUCGAGAGGCCAUCACCAUCGUCCCCCAGGAUCCAACCCUUUUCACUGGCACAAUUCGAAGCAAUCUAGACCCCUUUGGGCUCUUCACGGAUGAGGAAAUAUUCACAGCCCUCCGAAGAGUCCAUCUGAUAGGUCCCGCGACAUCUACCCAACAAUCUGAUACCGAAUCUAUUUUACAGCAAAAUCGUCCCGCGAUAUCAUUACUAGAUAAUGAGCCAAGUGGCUCUGAAACCGAUUUCUCUUCCCUUGCUCGUUUCCGUGAAAACAAAAACAUCUUUUUGAGUCUCUCCUCUCCAAUAUCAGAAUCCGGCUCAAACCUAUCCCAAGGCCAGCGCCAGCUCCUCUGCCUCGCCCGUGCACUGCUCAAGUCGCCCAAAGUGCUCAUGAUGGACGAAGCCACCGCAUCGAUCGACUACGCAACAGACGCCAAAAUCCAAGACACACUUCGAGAACUGAAAGGCAACACGAUCAUCACCAUCGCGCAUCGCCUGCAGACAAUCAUCGACUACGACAAGGUUCUGGUCCUGGACCACGGCGAAGUUAUCGAAUUCGAUGGGCCGUGGCAGCUGCUGAAUAAAACCGACGGCGUGUUUAGGAGUAUGUGUGAAAACAGCGGGAAUAUGGAUUCGCUAAUGGACGGUGCUAAAAAGGCUUGGGAGCAGAAGAGGUUGGUUGAUGAUUCAUAA